GUCAUGGCAGAGACAAAGGGCCAGAAGAGAUCCUUGUCCACUUUGGUCCAGCAGCCGGCGCCCAACUUCAAGCUCAUGGCGUGCAUGCCGGAUGACUCCUUCAAGGAGGUGGAGCUCGCCAGUUACCGAGGCAAGAAGUAUGUGGUGCUGUACACCUAUCCGGCCGACUUCACUUUCGUGUGUGCAAGCGAGCUGGUGGCAUUCUCCAAGUUGCAGAAGGAGUUCGACGAUCGAGGUGUCGAGGUGUUGGGCCUGUCCAUCGACACGGAGCACGUGCACAAGGCAUGGAAAAACACGCCGCAAGACAAGGGUGGAAUCGGGCCCAUCUCGCACCCGCUGCUGGCAGAUGUCAAGAAGGAGGUCAGCGAUGCAUAUGGAUGUCUGUUGGACAACGGCCUGGCAUUGAGAGCCGUGUACAUCAUCGAUAAGGAUGGCGUCGUGCGAUCCGAGAUGAAGAACGACCUCCCGCUGGGACGCAACGUUGAGGAAGUGCUCCGCAUCUUGGACGCGCUGCAGUUCCACGAGAAGAGCGUGAAGGAUGGAAAUCCCAUGGUUUGCCCGGCGAUGUGGAAGAAGGGUGCCAAGGCUAUGAAGCCCACUACAGAGGGUGUGGCGGAGUACUUCAAGGGCAAGUGA